ACUUGCACCUAAACUUUUUCGUCGUCGUCGUUGUUGUUAUUAUUAUUUUAUUAUUUAUUUUUUUCCAAUUUCUGGACAAUAUGAUUUUUUUAUUAUUAUUAUUUUCAAUUUGUGCCUGAUAAAUUGAAGGUUUGAGGUCAAUUUUCACACGCUGAUAUUCCCAGGUUGCCUAUCAACAAACUUAAGGUAAGUAACUGACGCCACACUUUCAUCCCCUCGCAUUCUACAUAUAUCUACGCACACGCACGCAUUUCUUUCUUGGAGGGAGCACACAAUUUACAGAUCAUUAACCCAUUUUGUGUUUUUGAUUCUGGUUAUUAUGAGGUAUAGGAUUCCACGAUGUGUUUGUUGAAAUGCCUGAAUGGAAUUGACCUUUUAAUUCAAUUUUUUUUGAUUGUUAUAUUUAGUUUGAAUUCAAUAUAUAUGGACGUGGGACAUAGCUACUUAGAGGGCAACGCGGAUGCAGUCGAGUUCUGUCCUCAUGAUUCAUUCCAUAAUGUUCUCGCAGCCUCUACUUACACUCUUCAAGAGGGUGAUCAACCCAGCCGAGCAGGCUGCAUUUAUCUCUUUGAUGUCGACACUGAUGCUUGCCGACUCAACUUGACUCAUCGACUGGAAACAGCUGGCAUUUUUGACAUCAAAUGGAAUUCGGGAUUUGUGCAAAAUAUGGGCCACCCUCUGCUUGCUCAAGCUGAUGCUGAUGGAUAUGUUAGGAUUCAUAGCCUGCAAAGUUCUGAUUUAGAUGAAUCAGAUGUUUGUGGGAAUUGCCUGAAAGUAGUAUGUGGCAAGCAUAUCAGUUCUUCCAUGUGUUUGUGCAUCGACUGGAAUCCCUCUUCCACAUCCAUGACGGUGGGCCUUUCAGACGGGUCGGUCUCUAUAAUCUCUAUGCAAGAGUCCCAGCUAAGUAUUUUACAAGACUGGAAAGCUCAUGAAUUCGAGGUCUGGGCUACUUCCUUCGAUGUUCAUCAACCGCAACUAAUAUAUACGGGAUCAGAUGACUGCAAGUUUAGUUGUUGGGAUUGGCGAGACGAUCCUUCUAACUCAGUAUUCCAAAAUGCAAAAGUUCACAAAAUGGGAAUCUGUAGUAUUGCAAAGAGUCCUAAUGACCCGAAUAUUGUACUCACCGGUUGCUAUGAUGAGCAUCUAAGAAUAUGGGAUGUCAGAUCCAUUUCAUAUCCCAUAAGUGAAACUUCAAUAUCUCUAGGUGGAGGAGUUUGGAGAGUUAAGCACCAUCCAUUUAUACCAGGCCUCAUCUUGACUGCGUGCAUGCAUAAUGGAUUUGCAAUAGUCAAAAUUAAAGAUGGUCAAGCUGAAGUAAUUGAAACAUACAAGAAACAUGAUUCGCUUGCAUAUGGAGCAGAUUGGCAGAGAGGGGUUUCGUAUGCGGCAGGAAGAAGGAAGAGUAAAGCGAUCGCCACUUGCUCAUUUUAUGACCGGCUCCUUCGCGUAUGGAUACCAGAAGGUGAUAUCUUUCAUUGACUUUGAAAUCAUCAUAGACACACUUGAGAAAUUUGGACCAUUGAUGGAAGAUGAGAAGGUCGAGAUAUUUCUCUUUAAGCAGAACCCAAUUCUCAAUCUGUAAGAAUAUGUUGCAAGAAAGAGAGAAUGUCAAGAUGGGUUCAAUGUUCAGUUCAGACAGAAAUAGAGUAGAGAGCAAAUUGAGAUGGCUCUUGCCAAAGCUAAGUAGAUUGUUAACUCCAACGCUACUGUUGUUUUUAGGUUGUCCCUCUUUUCUCAUAUUUUAAUCAUUCUUAAAAUAACAUGUAUAAGAUGAAUUGGUUGUAUUAAUUUGAUGAAAGAUUCAUGGUGUUACAUUUU